CUUCUACAUAUGUCCAAAGUCUGUGCCCACCUCGAAAUCCUCGAACCUCGACAGGUCAGAGAAUUUGAAACAAUAACAAUUUGCGACAAAACGAGUAUGGAUGACGAAACAUUGAAUAGACUAGCAGCAGAAGCUUUACUAGAAGAAGCCAGACUUGGUGCUCGAAGGGCUGAAAUAAUGGGUCCCAGUGGAUGGGUGAAACCUAAAGAAACCGUUAACAAGAGAUUUCUCCAUUCAACGUUACGAAAUGCAGUGAUAUCAAACAAGCACCGAUCUCUGAAGCAAGAAAAAGUAAAAGUUCAACCACGUAAAGACACUGUUAAAAAGUCGUAAUGUAAUAUUGUUUUUCGCGUAUGUAUUUAUAUAUGUUUCUGGUAUAUAUCUUUAACAAUUUCUCAUUUCUUGUUAAGAAAGAGGGGAAGAAAUGUGCAAAAGAUGUUUAAAUAUUGUUACUAUAUAAAGUAAACGACUGUAGUUGUUUUUAUUUAUUCUA